UGAAGAUACAUGUCACGUUUUAUGAGAGAGCGCGUGUUCUAAUCCUGUACGUUACAACUUGUGUUUUGCCGUUACAUUGGGUUACAAACCUCUUUUUAGCACUUCUAGCUGUGACUUUUGAGUUACUUCAAUCACAGCAGGGGUAUUGUUGAUUUGUUUCCUUGUUAAAUCUCGCGUUCUAGAUCAAGCUUGAUCAUUUUUCCCAGCUUCCAUCGAGUGGGCUCUCCUGCUUAUUCAACGCUCUUAAGUUAGAGACGAACCGCUGUACUGACAUAUUUCCGGAGCUGAUUUUCAUUUUUGUACUGAAUUGACGUUGACAUCAAUAGUUCACAAACUGUUUGCAUUAUAAUAAAUUAGAUUUUGAAUAUGUCUGAAAAGAAACGGAAGCAGCGGUUAGCUGGUGAUAAACUCAAUGAAAACCCACUGAAGCCUACACUAGAAGAAAUCGAUGUUGCGAAUUACUUACAUAAAAAGCUACCAUUUAAAGAAGGGCGUCUCUCAGGAAUGAUUGUUCGCACAUUCGUAGCAAUGGAAGCCAUAGAGUUACUGAUGAAUUCACAUUGGGCUAGACCAAAUGACGAUGCAAAACCAACUCUUUUUACAAGUCAAACUACUGCAGUUAAUUUCAUGACAACUUUGUUUCAGAAGCAAAUGUUUCAGCGUGCAGUUCGUGUCAAGAAAAAGUCCACUAAACACCGAGAAGAUGCGAAAUCAUUGAAGCCUAAACUGAAAAAGCUUACUGAUGGAAAGCUUGCCACCAGUAAAAAUGUUGUCGACGCGACUUCAGAUGAAAAUUUCAUAGCCGGUUACAGUGGUGAGAAUACAUCCAUUAAUCAUGUGUUUUUUUCCGUUUUAAGGGUCAUGUUAUUCUAAAACCCUCAUUUCCAAUCAUUGUUUUAUGCACUAACUAGUGUUUUCAUCACCUUUCCUCUUGUCGAUUUCUCUCGGUACUUAUAUGAACUUUAGUGAUGCGAACCGGCACACAUUUCAGAUGAGCCCCACGCUUAUAUCCAACUGUCUGUUACUGAAAUAAGUCAGCACAGCACCAUCACGUACACAAACUUUACACUUCCUUUCAUCAAAUACAUCCGAUAUCAGCUAUGCUGGCGUGUUUUAAGCUUUCGUGGCCAUAUCUUAUAAGUUAUUUGUGAUUGCGUGUAGGAAUGCAUUAACCAGGCAUAUAAUUUCUCAAUUGUUCAAAUACCUGUUGCUACUUAUAUCGUUGGAAAAUUGUUAUGGCCCAAAGCCGCCAAUCAGAAGCAGCGAAUUAUCGAUCGGACCAAGGACGCGUAAAGCACGUGCGAACAGCCUAGAGCCCUGAUUGGUUCUGCUUUCCGCCUAGCCCAGCCAGUUAAGUCCAGAACACCAGUCUCAGCCUCUGCAAUAUGAAUCCUUAUAUACCAAACAUACUGAGUUUGUAUUACCAAUCAAACAGACCACAACGUAGCAUAAAAUAAAAAAUAACAUUUGUACAAAAUUUGGCUAAAUGUGGGAGGCAGUGACAGAGCAUAAUUGAAAAAUGGUAAAACGUAUAAUAAUGGUUCAUAGGUCAAAAUAAAGUUUAUAAUAAGAGGAAUAUGAACAGUUUAGUUAUUUAACAAUUGUACGGUAAAAAAUAUACGUUUAGUAUUGGUCCAUAAAAGGAUUCCAAAGUUACCAUUCAUUAUGUU